UGAUGGUUAAACUAGGCCUCUCACUGCUAACACCGCUCACUAGUACUGCGGUUUAAUUCAACCUCCCCUCGAUAACCAUUAUCUGAAUUCUCCUCCGCGGGGUCAUCCACUACUUCAGUUCAACUUGAAACUCCGGUAUCUCACCCAACUUCCGACCUGCCCCUGUUGCGAUCAUCCGCAUUCACCAUCAUGCCAUAUCGUACGCCGAAACUCACUCAAAGGAAGAUCAAGCCCGCUCGCAUGUUACCUCAAUUCAGCAUCAUUCUAACGCCCUUCUUGAUUCCUGUGCUAGCGCUACACCCGAAAGGACAAUUGAACAUCCUACCACAUGCAUCUAUGCUGUGUCCUCUUUAUGGACCUUAUGGUUCGUCGGAAUUACAGCACUGUCACGGCAUAACCCCAAAGCUUAUCCAUGUGAUCAUCUUUGCAUGGGCUAUGCUUGCGAUGCUGUAUUGUUGCACUGGCGGGGUGUAACUUUGUCGGUUUCAUUCCGGGAGUCCUAUGGUCCUCAGAUUGGGC